GCUCCGCCGGUUCUCCGCGCCCCUCCGCCCGGCUGCUCCCGGCGCGGCCCCGCUCCGCCUCUGCCCCGGGUUUCCGGUAGGGGCCCGUGAGAGCUGCCCGCGAGCUGAGCUCGGCACAGCAGACGUAGGAGGCGGCUCGCGUCCACCGGCAGCCGCCGCCAUGGUGCCCGGCCAGCUGCGCCUCGCCGCGGCCGCACGUGGCCAUGGCGGCUAUGAUUCUGAUUUUAGUGAUGAGGAGAAUGGAGAGAAGUCUGUGCAAAAGACUAAAAGCACGAAAGAAGAUAGCCUUCUGGUAAAGCCAUUCCAAAAACCAAAACAGGUCAAGGUUGCUCACAGGCAAUUUGCUGCUGAAGAAUGGGACAGAGAAGAAGCAAGGAAGAGAAGAUUUCACCUGAUAUCGAUGGAUGCAUAUUCGAGACAUAGAAAGUUAGUGAAUGACUACAUUUUGUACUAUGGUGGGAAAAUGGAGGAUUUCCGACGUUCUAGCGAGAAUGACAAGACGGAUCUCGAUGUUAUAAGAGAAAACCAUAGAUUCCUGUGGAGAGAAGAUGAUGAAGCAGACAUGAAUUGGGAGAAGAGGCUUGCAAAGAAGUAUUAUGAUAAAUUAUUCAAAGAAUACUGUAUAGCAGAUCUCAGUAGAUACAAAGAGAACAAGUUUGGAUUUAGAUGGAGACAUGAGAAGGAAGUAAUUUCAGGAAAAGGUCAAUUUUCUUGUGGAAAUAAACACUGUGAUGGCGAAGAAGGCCUGAAAAGCUGGGAGGUGAAUUUUGGUUACGUUGAACAUGGUGAAAAGAGGAAUGCACUUGUGAAACUGAGACUAUGUCCAGAGUGUUCUUAUAAACUAAACUUUCAUCACAGGAGGAAAGAAGUCAAAGCAAGCAAGAAAAGAGGCACAGCUGUACGGAACUCUAAACAACCAAAAAUUAAGAAGCCAAAAUUGUCUCAGUCAAGAAAAAAGAAGUCAAAAAAAAAGACACAUGGAGAUGAGGUUUCUUCAGAAGAUUCAGAUACUUCUGAUAAAGCAGAUUCAGAUAACAGUGAUGCACAAGAUGGUCCUUCAGAUGCUGAUUUUUGGAAAGGUCCUCUGCAAGAAACAGAUGAAAAAUCACGAGAGGAAGAGUUUGAUGAAUAUUUUCAGGACUUGUUUCUCUGAAACUUGACAUUGAUGGGGUUUGAUUUUUGUUGUUGUUAUUGCUGUGAAUUGUCAAGAUAAGUAUUUGGAAAUUCAGUUGUAAGUAGGGACCAGAGACCUCUUCCCAACGGCAUGCCUUUUCUACAGUCACUCCAUUUGGACCAUCUGAGUGAAUUGUCUCUGCAGAAGGCUUCAGGGCUGAAAGUUUUCUUUUUUUUUCUUUGUUUUUGGGGGGUAGGCCUGUAUACUCAUGCAAUACAAGAAAUGUACUCAGGAAGUACAAGCUAAAGGUAUGUGACAAGGUAACAUAAAAGUAGGAAGAAUAUAGAAAAAUAAGAACAUACUUUAUUCUCAGUACACCACAGGAGAUGGCUGUUCUUUAUUCUAUCCCAAAUUUCAGCUACUGCCAGAUUAUUUCAGAAGAUUAUAUUAUUAGUUUAAAAACAUAUACUUCAAAAUACUUGUACUUAUAAUUUAUUGAACUAUAGUUAAUAGCUUUAAAUGUAUUAGUUGUGUAGACUUUAAUAUUAAGAUAUGAAUCUGUGUGGUUGCAGAUACUGUUAGAGAAGUUCACUUUAGUCAAGCAUGUAUUUGCUUGGAAUUUAAGUAAACCAUAUCUGAAAUGUCUCUGGUCUUCCUUAAAAAGCUACAUUCAUUAUGACCUUGGUUUAAAUUUUAGUUAUGAUAUGUUGUGACUGAUAAUUCCACUCAUUAAUAAAAAUCUGAAUUGUUCUCAA